CAAAAAAAGAGAUGGGAUAUAUAGUGCAGCAGUAAAAUUGUUAUCUCUUUUGUUUGGAGGUGAGAGAGAGAGAGAGAGAGAGAGAGAGAGAGAGAAGUAGGGUUGGUCAAUCGUUGCAUCCCCGGUGUGAGAUAGCCGUUUUUCCGUGUUUGUUUUCUCAGGAUUCAUUAUGGUGAGGAAGAAGAGAACUGAUGGUCCAUCUGAAGGAGGUGAAGGGUCUGGUUCCCGUGAUGCUGCUCCAGCCUCAGGUGGUGGACGUGGUGGUUAUCAGCAGGGGAGAGGAGGAGGCGGAGGAGGACAGCAGCAAGGGGGAAGAGGCUAUAGUCCUCAGUCUCAACAGGGAGGUCGUGGUGGUGGUCGUGGAUAUGGCCAACCACAACAGCAGCAGUUCGGUGGUCCUAGAGAAGGCCAUCCACCACAACAGCAGCAGCAGCAGCAGUACGGUGGACCAAGAGGUGGCCAACCACCACAACAGCAGCAGUACGGUGGACCAAGAGGAGGUCAACCACCACAACAGCAGCAGUACAGUGGACCAAGAGGAGGCCAGCCACCAUCACAGCAACAGUAUGGUGGACCAAGAGAAAGCCAGCCACCACAACAGCAGCACCAACAGUACGGUGGACCAAGAGGAGGACCUCCUCGUGGUGGUGGCCGUGGAGGUGCAUCCUCUGCUGGACUGCCGCAGAGACAAUCAGUUCCCGAGCUGCAUCAAGCUACCUUACCAACUUAUCAAGCGGUGUCUUCUCAGCCUACACCGGCUGAGGUGAGUCCUACUCAGAUGCCGGAUCCUCCUGCUCCGGUACAAGAAUUUGAACAGCUCUCUAUUGAGCAAGGAGCUCCCAGCCAAGCAAUCCAGCCCAUUCCAUCUUCCAGCAAAGCUUGUAAGUUUCCACUGAGGCCUGGUAAAGGACAGUUUGGCAAGCGAUGCAUUGUAAAGGCCAACCACUUCUUUGCCGAGUUACCUGAUAAAGAUUUGCACCAGUAUGACGUAACCAUUACUCCAGAAGUUACAUCAAGGGGUGUCAAUCGUGCUGUGAUGAAACAGUUGGUUGACUUGUAUCGUGAAACACAUCUUGGAAGGCGUCUUCCUGCAUAUGAUGGGCGAAAAAGUCUGUACACUGCUGGACCGCUUCCGUUUGUUUCGAAAGAAUUCAGAAUCUUACUUCAGGACGAGGAAGAAGGGGCUGGGGGACAAAGACGAGAAAGGGAGUUCAAAGUUGUGAUCAAGCUAGCUGCCCGUGCUGAUCUACAUCACCUAGGAUUGUUUUUACAGGGGAAGCAAGCUGAUGCCCCGCAGGAGGCUCUUCAGGUUCUUGACAUUGUUCUUCGUGAGCUGCCAACUUCAAAAGAGAGGUAUACUCCUGUGGGCCGGUCAUUUUAUUCUCCGGAUAUAGGAAGAAAGCAAUCAUUGGGGGAUGGCCUGGAGAGCUGGCGUGGAUUCUAUCAAAGCAUUCGUCCUACACAGAUGGGCUUGUCCCUCAACAUUGAUAUGUCAUCUACAGCAUUCAUAGAGGCACUUCCUGUUACCGAAUUUGUCUGCGAGUUGCUGAAUAGGGAUAUUAGAUCCCGGCCUUUAUCCGAUGCUGAUCGUGUCAAGAUAAAAAAGGCGCUUAGAGGUGUGAAGGUUGAAGUGACCCAUAGAGGAAACAUGCGCCGAAAGUACCGCAUUUCGGGGCUGACCGCUGUGGCCACUCGAGAACUGACAUUUCCUGUGGAUGAAAGAAAUACCCAGAAAUCUGUUGUUGAAUACUUCUACGAAACAUAUGGCUUUCGCAUUCAGCACACGCAGCUACCAUGCUUGCAAGUUGGGAAUUCUAACAGGCCAAAUUAUUUACCAAUGGAGGUCUGCAAGAUUGUUGAGGGACAGAGGUACUCAAAAAGGUUGAACGAGAGACAGAUCACUGCUCUUCUGAAGGUGACUUGUCAGCGCCCCCAAGAACGUGAAAAAGAUAUCUUGCGGACGGUAGGGCUCAAUGAUUAUGAUCACGAUCCCUAUGCUAAGGAGUUUGGAAUCAAGAUAAGCGCAUCCCUUGCUUCUGUUGAGGCUCGAAUUCUGCCUCCUCCAUGGCUCAAGUAUCAUGAUUCUGGAAGGGAAGGGACUUGUCUGCCGCAAGUUGGACAGUGGAAUAUGAUGAAUAAGAAAAUGAUAAAUGGCGGUACAGUGAGCAACUGGAUCUGCGUCAACUUCUCUAGGCAAGUUCCCGACAAUUUGGCACGUACUUUCUGUCAGGAACUUGCUCAGAUGUGCCACACCUCUGGGAUGGCAUUUAAUCCGGAACCAGUCCUUCCACCAGUCAGUGCUCGCCCUGAGCAAGUGGAGAAAGUAUUGAAAACUCGAUAUCAUGAUGCCAUGGCCAAGCUCUCUAAAGGAAAAGAGAUUGAUCUCCUUAUUGUCAUUCUCCCAGACAAUAAUGGAUCCUUAUAUGGUGAUCUGAAGCGCAUCUGUGAGACCGAACUCGGCAUUGUGUCUCAGUGCUGCCUGACUAAGCAUGUCUUUAAGAUGAGCAAACAGUAUAUGGCUAACGUGGCUUUGAAAAUUAAUGUCAAAGUUGGAGGAAGGAAUACUGUACUCGUUGAUGCCUUAUCUAGGCGAAUUCCUCUGGUCAGUGAUCGCCCCACCAUAAUCUUUGGUGCUGAUGUAACACAUCCUCAUCCUGGAGAGGACUCAAGCCCGUCCAUUGCUGCCGUCGUCGCUUCCCAAGACUGGCCUGAAAUUACGAAAUAUGCUGGCUUGGUUUGUGCUCAAGCGCAUAGACAGGAGCUCAUUCAGGAUCUCUUCAAAGAAUGGAAGGACCCGCAGAAAGGGGUAGUGACCGGUGGCAUGAUUAAGGAGUUACUUAUCGCCUUCCGUAGAUCAACUGGUCAUAAGCCGUUAAGGAUCAUAUUCUACAGGUAUGUUUGUUUUUUUGGCGUAUACUUAACUAACACUGUACAUCUUCCCUUUUAUAAAGGCAUAUGUUAUUAUUGUAUGGUACAAUUCCGUAGGGAUGGAGUCAGUGAAGGACAGUUUUAUCAGGUUUUGCUCUAUGAGCUUGAUGCCAUCCGCAAGGCAUGUGCUUCGCUGGAAGCAGGUUAUCAGCCACCAGUGACGUUUGUGGUGGUGCAGAAGCGCCAUCACACAAGACUAUUUGCUCAUAAUCACAAUGACCGCAAUUCAGUGGACAGAAGUGGAAACAUAUUACCAGGAACCGUCGUGGAUUCCAAAAUCUGUCACCCCACUGAGUUCGACUUUUACCUCUGUAGCCAUGCUGGUAUUCAGGGCACUUCCCGACCUGCUCAUUACCACGUUCUUUGGGAUGAGAACAACUUCUCUGCAGAUGGACUCCAGUCUCUGACCAAUAACUUAUGUUACACGUAUGCGAGAUGUACUCGUUCUGUAUCCAUUGUGCCGCCCGCGUACUAUGCUCAUCUAGCAGCGUUCAGGGCUCGGUUCUACAUGGAGCCAGAGACGUCAGACAGUGGUUCGAUGGCUAGCGGGAGCAUGGCACGAGGAGGUGGUAUGGGUGGUAGAAACACACGUGGUGGGCCACACGUGAACGCUGCAGUGAGACCACUCCCACCUCUGAAAGAUAAUGUGAAGCGCGUGAUGUUCUACUGCUGAUUCGAUUCAGCUCUAUCUAUCUCUCUCUUUUAUUUAAUCUCGUAUGACUGUAUGAGCUAUUAAGACUCUUGUCGCCAAAUAAAUUGUUUGCUUUUGCGACUCUUAUGUCUCUACUGAACUCGUGUGGUGUGAACUUAUUGAAGCUGACUUAAGUUUGCGAGUGUUUGGAUAUAUUAUGUUUUGCCACU